CAUUUCAUUACCAAUUGAAACACAAAUUUAGUUGUUUUUUUCAUUAGUUAACAUACUCAUCAUGAUUUCUAAGUUCAUUGCCUGCGUACUAAUGACUCUCUUGGUGGUUCUAAAACCAGCCAUGAGUGUUGCACCUUCAUGUGAUACAGUCAUCACUAGCUUCGCUCCUUGUUUAUCAUACUUGAAAAACUUUGAUCCAGUACCUUCAACAGGUUGCUGCGACAACGUCAGAGCACUCGACCAACAGCUUCCAGAGAAGCAAGAUAGAAUAAGUGUGUGUCAAUGUAUUAAGCUUGCUGUUCCUAUUAUCGGUACCGUCAACAAUACCCGAGUCGGAGAUGUCGCAAACAACUGUGGAUGGACACUUUAUAAAUUCCCACUCAUUUCUCCUGACAUGAACUGCGACAGUGUUCAAUGAGAAGAUGAAGAUUUUGGAAGAAAUCUUUCAAGGGAUACAUAUGAUAUAAAAUGUACGAAAUAUAUAAAUAAAAAUAAAAAUGAAUAAGGAUUCAUGAUUUAGGUGGUUUGCAUUACGUAAUUUGGAGGUUAUUGGCUUUAAUGUAUCAUCUCCUUUGCUUUUCUUCCUUGUUCGUCUACUUCUUGCGUGGUGUAUGAUUGUGUUUAUGCUUUCAUUAUACUUGUGUGCAGUGCAGGAGUGCUUGAGAGUAUCGUUCCAAGUUAUUAAUUUAUUUAUUUUUUUGCUAAAUUUGCUUGGGCU